CUCUAAUUGUGAUCCUAUUGCUGGCAUGUCUUAGGUACUGUAUCGAUUUCUGCACUUCUUCAGUAAAUUUGAUUGGGAAAACUAUUGCAUUAGCUUAGGGGGUCCUGUGCCCAAACGUUCACUUCCUGAUAUGAGAGCUCAACCUCCCCUAAGGGGUCGCCAAGAGCCACUGCUCAAUGAAACUUUUUUCAAUGAUUGCAUCUCUUGCUAUGCUGUGAUCCCAAGAAUCCAACAAGGCCAGCAGCAAUCUUUUGUCAAAAAAUUCAUGGAUAUCAUAGAUCCUUUACGCAAAAACAACAACUUGGGGCGAAGCGUUAGUAGAGGUAGCUUCUUAACAAUUAAGAAUGCAAUUUCUGAUGGUGCUGAGAAGCUGGAGCAAUUGCUGCAUUGCCCUGUAGAGAACCUAAUAGCUCAGUUUGAUUUCAUUUUCAUGAACACAUGGGCCAGAAAUGGAAAUGGUUUCUGGAUGCAUUUAGAUUCUUAUAAUAUUUACAUAAGAAAUAUGAAUGUUGUGGAGUUAACAUCUCAGGAUCAAGCUUCGCAGGGUUCAUACAGAAUUCACCAAAAUCCUGCUAACUAUUUGGUAGAAUCCAAACAAAUAUGUGGACCAUCUGAUGUAUCUGCUGUUUCUCAAACUGGGAGCUCAAAGAAUAAAGGCAUCUUCAUUGGUGAGGUGACCUCUGAUGUAUCAUCAUCUAAGGCUUCUCAGCCUGAUGAGGUCAGAGGAUAUUGGACUCCUCAUUCAACUUCUGAAAGUGCUGCUUCAUAUCUUCAGGCUCUUCAAAUAUCCAGUUCUAUUUCCAGCCAAGGGCCAAUGUGUGGGCCUGGUACAUUAGCUCGUGGCACUCAUGUUCUUGCUGGUCCUGGAUCUAACAUGAAUCCUGAACCACAUGGGUCAACUUCAGAGAAUUAUGCAGAACAAGGGUCUGAUACUCUGUGUGGGGAUUUUGGAAACUACUGGAUCAACCUGCAAUAUGUUGAGAAAAAAGUCUUCCAAUUUCAUGAACAUGAUGGCUCAUGGUGCUCCCGUUGUUGCUGA